AUGAGACCUGAAGAAAGAUGUUGCCAGGUUGGCCCUGUGCUCUGUGAAGAGUCAGACUCUGUUUCAGAAAAUCCCAACAUCGUUGUAGAUGAAGAUGGCAGUCCCCAAAUCUGCCGUGUGUGUGGGGACAAGGCCAAUGGCUAUCACUUCAAUGUCAUGUCAUGUGAAGGCUGCAAGGGGUUCUUCAGGAGGGCCAUGAAGCGCAAUGUCCAGCUGAGGUGCCCCUUCCGCAAGGGCACCUGCGAGAUCACGCGGAAGACUCGGCGGCAGUGCCAGGCCUGCCGCCUUCGCAAGUGCCUGGACAGCGGCAUGAAGAAGGAGAUGAUCAUGUCUGAGGCUGCGGUGGAGCAGAGGCGGGCCCUGAUCAAGAGGAGGAAGAAGGCACGCAUGGAGGCUCAGCCGUCCACCGUGCCUGGGCUGACCCAGGAGCAGCGCAUGUUGAUCGAGGAGCUAAUGGACGCUCAGUCGAAAACCUUCGACACCACCUUCUCCCACUUCAAGGAUUUCCGGGUAGGAGGCUGUCCUCCUGGCUGGGAAGCUUUGUCAGCUCCUCAAACUCUAGUCUUCUUCUGGACUUUCAAAAAUCAUUAUCCUUGGGGAGCUGUUAGGGAUGCAAAUUGUCAAGCCUCUCUGAAGAGGGGACAUGACUCCCUGGGUUGGGGAAUCUCUGCCCAGUCUUUCCAGUUUAGGUAG